GGCAACAAUUAAACGAAGCAUGGCAAGUAUCACUAAACGUGACCGUGCUGCGAACGAACAGUCAACGAAUGAUUGCACCAGUAGCCAUGCUGCCUCGCGACCGCUGUCAUGUGCAACGCAGGCAACAUCAGGUCCCGAAGCUGAAGAAUCGGAGCCGAUGGAUACUACAAGCGCUACCUGCGAAACAAGAGACCAUCAUGGUGUACAGUGCCAGAAUGAAUGCGUGCACAGGGCUGACCAGGCUGCCUCAUGCGACAAAAGUGUCCAGGUCGACAGCAACUCGGCCUCUGCUUUGCUCACUACCGAAAAGGCCAAAUGGAAGAGAAAAGAAAGAGAUCUGAGGAGCCAGAUACUGAGACUACACCAGACAAUUGACAAGUACAAAGAGGAGCUCAAGAAACUGCAGGAGGACUCUUUGACUGCAGACGUUUCCUACAUUAGAGAAAGAGCAGCAGAGAAAGAGGCUUCAGCAUUGUUUCUCGUGGACCAAAUUACCAAUUACAAAAAAAAAAGGCCUACCUGGUCUGAAGAAACUACUCGACGUUGUGUGGUGCUGAGGCAUUUAUCAACGAAAGCCUACGAACAUAUUCGAGGGGAGAUGCUUUUGAAGCUUCCAGACCGAAAGACCCUAACCAACUAUAUUGGAACUACAAGUGGUGAGACCGGCUUCAGCAAACUGGUGGAAACUCGGCUGAUAUGUGAAGCCGAAAACUUUGACAAACCGCAAUCAAAGGUCUGCUCGCUCAUCGUUGACGAGAUGAGGGUAAAGCAGAAGUUGCAAUACAACAAGCAACGUGACUGCUUUGUUGGGCAAGUAGACAUCGGGGUGGAAGAGCAAAACGGUGAGCUUGUCUUAGCCAAUUCGCUCCUGUGCUUUGUCAUCAGUGGACUGACAACAAAGUUUCGAAUUCCAGUUGCCUACUAUUUCACAAAAGGGCUAACGGGCCCCCAACUCCACAAGUUGCUGAUUUUCGUCAUGCAAAAAGUGGAAGCUUGUGGGUUUAGGAUUGUUCGCCUUGUCACGGACAAUCAUAAAGUGAACGUGAAUUGCAUGAAACUGCUUGGAAAUGGCCUGCUUACCUACCGGAUUGAACACCCCUGUGACCGCAGCAGGAUUCUUUUCAUUAGCUUUGAUCCGUGCCACGUGCUGAAGAACGUGAGGUCACAGUUUCUAUCGCGUGACAUUGGCCCGAAAGGUGAGAUUUCUGCCUCACACAUAAAGGACCUCUACGAACUGCAGAAAGGCUUGUCUGUAAAGCCUGUUCGGUUUUUAAGCAGGAAGCAUGUUUAUCCGAGCAACAUAGAAAAGAUGAACGUGGCAAGAGCCGUCCAGCUCAUGUCUCCAAGUGUAACCGCUGCCUUGGAACAUCUCAAGGAUCAGGCUGGACACACUUGUGCGCUGUCAUUUUCAGCCGCAGGCCCAACAAUUACGUUCAUGAAGAACGUUUAUCGGUGGUUCGUGCUUCACGAUGUCAGCAACACGACGCAGCACAUACGCCACAAUUUUUCGGAUGGCCGUCAAUUUGACGACAGUGCUGAUCCGCGGCUUGAAUGGCUUGAGGUCACUUUUCCUAUGUACUUGGAGACGUUAAAGAAAAGAUCUGGACAUGCUCGUGAAUUCCUCACAGCCGAAACGUAUGAAGCAAUUCUGUUAACCACCUAUUCGACAGUGGCGUGCGUCAGAUAUCUGUUGACAGAAGAGAAGUUUUCUUUUGUGCUCACUCGAAAAUUCAACAGCGAUCCAAUUGAAUCGCUCUUUGGAAGUUUGCGAAUGUCAUCCGGGUGCAACGACAUGUUGGACGUUCGGGCUGCACUGUCAGGCCUCGAAAAGCUACUGAAGACCGGGAUUGCUGUGUCCAAUGCAGCCUCCAAUAUUGCCCACAAAGAAUGUGGUGCAAUGUCGGGACACAUACUGUCUUCAAUGCCUCCCCUGCCGUCGACUGUGCAAGCAGUGCCCAAGCUCUCGAGAGCAAGAUUGGCGUUGCAGAGACUUAAUACGACAAUUUUGCCACAGCAGCUGUCAUCGCUACAGAUUUCGGCUACCGCCUAUGUGGGGGGCUACAUUGCAAGGGUUGUAGGCGAGCAUAUUGACUGCGAGAACUGUGUUACUUUGUGUACGAAGCCGGUGAGCAACCAGCCGCUCUUUCAACUCACUCGGAGCCAAGAUCGAGGUGGGCUGCUCUACCCGUCGGACCAACUUCUCUUUGUCCUGGACUGUUUAAGAGAUUUUGCUGACCGCGCACUGCAGGAGCACCAGACCUUGCAGAAGCCACUGACUACCUUAGUGGAGUACGCCGUCCCAGCUCUUUGUUCUUCAAAGUUGCUAAAGUGCAAGAGCAAUGACAGCAACGAGCACAGGCUUAAGCUCAUGAACCUCAUAUCGGUUCGUUUCCUGAGGCCGCUCCUCUGCAACUACGCCUUCAAUGUUACUGAUAGACACGACGCAGUUAAACAUUUUGUAAGAAAGCCCCUUUCGCGAAAGCACGCGAAACUGUGAGAGUGGUAUACGCUUCAAUGACAUGUGGUAGUUUCCUUCCGCAAUAAAUGCUUUUAAUUCCACCAUUGAAAUGGUAAAAUCAAUGUGAGCCAUGACUCGUAACUCAUUGAUAUUGAAGACAUGAACCUCCCUAUUUGCGGAGUAAUGUCUGCAUGCAGGUUCUGCAGAGCUUCAUGUGUUGCAGAACCGC